AUGACUAGCCUCGACAGCCCCAAUGAAUAUACGGUAGGAUGGAUUUGUGCACUUCCUCUGGAGCGCGCGCCGGCCGAAGAGAUGCUCGAGGAGAAACAUGCUUCUCCGAAGGGCUUUAAACAGCCUCGAACUGACAACAACGUGUAUACUUUGGGCCGUAUCGGUGGCCACAAUAUAGUCAUCGCAUCCCUUCCAGCUGGCAAGUAUGGUACGUCACCCGCGACAGGAGUCGCAAUGGCAAUGUUAUCAACCUUUCCGGAAAUCCGAUUUGGUCUCAUGGUCGGCAUUGGGGCCGCAAUCCCUCGAGGGGACAGGGACAUCCGGCUCGGUGAUGUCGCAGUCAGCAGCCCUGAUGGGAAAAGCGGUGGGGUUGUCCAGUAUGAUCUCGGUAAAGCCCUGAAAGGCGACAAGUUCGAGAGGAAAGGAUCUCUCAAUAGUCCCCCUGACCUGCUCCUCAAUGCGGUCUCGAUGAUCCAAACAGAACAUCGUAAGACGGAUUCGAAAAUUCCUAUGUAUCUACGUGAGAUGUUGAAACGAUUGCCGUCAAUGGCUAAGCCCCGAGAUGGCACUGCGGCCUAUAUCCACCAGGGAUUAAAGAACGAUCGUUUGUUCGAGGCUACAUACGAUCAUCAAGGCGGGAACGACUGCAGCAAAUGCGAUCAAAGCAAGAUUCUACAACACGAAUCCAGAGAUCCGGACAAGCCACGUAUCCAUUACGGAGUGAUCGCAUCGGGAAACACGCUGAUCAAAAGUGGUAGCGCAAGGGAGAAACUACUGAAAAACAGCGAGGAAGAAUGCAUCUGUUUUGAAAUGGAGGCUGCGGGACUUAUGGACAAAUUUCCCUGCCUCGUGAUCCGCGGACUGUGUGACUACGCAGAUUCGCAUAAGAAUGACCAGUGGCAGCCAUACGCCGCUGCUACUGCUGCCGGAUACGCAAGAGAACUGCUUCAAUAUCUUCCUGUUCAAGAUGUUGGAAAAGUUCCCACAGCAAAUGAGACCUUGAAUAGAAAUUCAGACACGAGUUCGAAACCUCCUCAGGCGAACAAGCUAGGCGCUGGAGCUGGAUCAAGUGCUCCAUCCGGCGGAUCUGACAACAGGAACCCAGCAGGAGGUAAUGGAACUAGUAACCCAACGACAACCCCUGAAACCGAUAGCUCACCCAAUGGUCGUGGGGAAGGUGGUUCUCAGACAAACAACAAAAAUACCAUGCGCGUUGAUUCGAUAUACGAUGGGAGAUGGCAACACCAGUGGAGGCUGAUCUGGGCCGGCCAACACAUACAAGAGAUCAACCCGAAUUUUACAUCCACACAGCGGAUCUCUGAAAUCCACUUGACCACAUUCACCCACAGCACUUGGGCCUCGUGCAUAGUCGAAGUCGAUGUUUUCCACGCUUCCCAGCGAGUUCAAGGUAUUCCUGAGGUCCCAACAGUGUGUACUGAGGCCAACGAUGAAUCUGUCUCGGUCGCCAAGCCAUUCUACCAACAAGUUAGCACAAAGGCCGUUACUGCUGGCAAGGAACUCGGAAAUGGUAACAGGACUUGGAACCGUGGCGCCUAUUUCCAGCCACUCGUUGCGAACUCCGACAAAUUCAAAUUCAUCGGCAGACGCGUUAUGUGUUGCCAGGGAAAGAGUGAAGAGGGGGGACUGAAUUUGGCACCGCUCAAUUCGUCUGACUAUUGUUGGAGGUUGAAGGAUCUGAAUCUCGAUAUGGGACAGGGACAUCGUAUUUACGCCGUGAUUCGGGCUUAUAGUUUAUGGGAGCAGUUUGCUUUCAGGGCCUUGGUGAAUGUUUCAAUGUUCCCGUAA